AUGGCAAUAACCCUUCGCAAGCUCAUCAUCCCCUUUCGUUCUUCUCUUCUUAGGACGAGAUUUUCUCAUUAUGGAUGUAAAGAAGGGUUUGUAGGAGGCACUUCUUUUCGUUAUAGUAAUAUAGCGUCUUCAGAAGAGAAAGUGGUGAAGUUUGAAGACCAAGAAAAACUGUUAGCAAAUGCAAAUGAUUCACUUUCUGAGGAAGAAAUCACGAAAAUUAGGGAAGAAUACAAUGCUGCGAGGGAGAAGUUUCUAAAGAUUCCUGAUGCGUUGAAACAAAUGCCCAAAAUGAAUCCUAAAGGUGUAUACGUUAAUAAGAACGUGCGCUUGGACAAAAUACAAGUCUAUGGAUUCGACUAUGAUUACACGUUGGCGCACUACUCGCCCAAUUUACAAAGCUUGAUUUACGAUCUUGCAAAAGAGCAUCUGGUUAAUGAGUUCAAAUAUCCUGAUACUUGCUUGGACUUCAAAUAUGAUAAUAGUUUUCCUAUCAGAGGGUUAUACUAUGACAAGUCGAAGGGGUGUCUUAUGAAGUUGGACUUUUUUGGGUCAAUUGAGCUUGAUGGAUGCUACUAUGGCAGGCGCAAGCUCAGCCGGAAGGAAAUAGAUGAGAUGUAUGGUACAAGACAUAUUGGCCGUGAUCAAGCAAGAGAACUAGUUCCUUUGAUGGAUUUCUUCUGUUUUAGUGAGGCAUGCCUUAUUGCUGACAUUGUGCAACAUUUUGUUGAUGCUAAAUUGGAAUUUGAUGCUCGUUAUGUAUAUGAAGAUGUGAAUCGAGCGAUACAGUACGUUCAUAAUAGCGGCUUAGUUCACAGAGGAAUUCUUGCUGAUCCCCCCAGAUACCUUGUAAAGAAUGAUCAGCUACUACGCUUUCUAAGGAUGCUAAAGGAUAAGGGAAAGAAACUUUUCUUGUUGACUAACUCUCCCUUUUAUUUUGUGGAUGGAGGGAUGCGCUUUAUGUUGCAGGAUUCUUUGGGUCAGCAAGACUCCUGGAAGGAACUUUUUGAUGUCGUAAUUGCUAAAGCAAACAAGCCAGACUUUUACAAAUCUGACCAUCCAUUUCGCUGUUAUGAUGUGGAGAAGGACACGUUGGCUUUUACAAAAGUUGAUGCUUUCUUGCCCGGUAAAAUUUACUACCAUGGAUGCCUUAAAGCAUUCUUGGAGAUUACAAAGUGGAAGGGUCCAGAGGUGAUAUAUUUUGGGGAUCACCUCUUUAGUGAUCUCAGAGGACCUUCAAAAGCGGGGUGGCGGACUGCUGCCAUCAUCCAUGAAUUGAAGAAUGAGAUCAUGAUUCAGAAUGAUGAUACUUACAGAUUUGAACAGGCGAAAUUUCACAUAAUACAAGAACUUCUUGGUAGGCUUCAUGCGACUGUAACCAGCAGCGUGACAAGUGAAGGAUACAAGUCUCUUCUUAGGGAGCUGAAUGAAGAGAGACAAAAGACUCGAUACAACAUGAAGGGAAUGUUCAAUAAAUCGUUCGGAGCCACGUUCCUCACCGACACUGGUCAGGAGUCUGCAUUCGCUUACCACAUUCAUCAAUAUGCAGAUAUCUAUACUAGUAAGCCCGAGAACUUCUUGUACUAUCCACCCGAGGCUUGGCUUCAUGUGCCGUUCGAUAUAAAAAUCAUGCCACACCAUCUAAAGGUUUCAUCAAAUUUGUUCAGGACUUGAUUACAUCAAUCAUAUUGCCAAUGCCCAAGAGAUCUUAAGUCAGUAUACUAAUUUUUACGGAGACUUGGAUAUUCUUUGACGAUCCAUUUUCUGGAAGCAAUCGCUGGAAAUUUUUGGUAGAUUCAUUAGUAUUCUAGUGUUCUUUUAGAUAAAAUUGGAACGAUGCAGAAAAAUUAGCGUUCUGGGUGAUUGUAGUAUGUGCCCUUAUUCAUUAUGGUAGUAGCAUAGUUAUUGUCUUGGAAAGCAAAGUUUAAAGGGUCAGCAGCAUUCUUAGUAGAUGAUUAAUAUUCAAUUGUCUUGCAAGUAAGUGAAUAAAAUGCAAGAACCAGUAUUUAGUCAAUCAUGUCAUACAUUUGAAGCUGAUGAGAAAAUUUUCAGUCA